AUUGACUUGCCGCCUGCAGAAUUUUCCGCAAUGAAUCUGUGCGCAGACAAACAUGAGUGAGAUUGUGUGCAAUUAUAAUUCCCAACGCACUUUUCAUCCCAUCUUGGCUGAUUUAUUUUCUGUCCAAGCCAAUCUGAAAGCCCCCGUGACGAUCCCUGCGCCAGCGGAUCGAUGGCGUGGACGUGCGGCCGCACGCACGUAGCGGAAUGCACACAGAAGAGGAGGAGGAGGAGGAGGAGGAGGAAGGCGGAGUUGGCAGCUCGCGCUCCACCAUCGGCGCGCAUUCGUCGCCUGCCGAGCGGUCCCGGAGGCUGACGUGAGCCCGCCGCAGCCGUCAACUUUGCGAGCGCUUUCUCUCCAGUUCCGCGGAGGACGGCGGCGAGGCGCUUCCGCCGCACCGGAGUCGCGGACGGCAACGCUCGACCCCCGGGCAGCCUGGGUUGGCUUUCCCGGCAGCAUGGAGGGUGACGUGAUGGAUAAGGUGGAGAGCACGGCGACCACCGUGUGUGACUUGGACCCGAGCAGCGGGAGCAUCCCGGCGACCAAAGUGGAGCUCACCGUCUCCUGCAGAAAUCUCUUGGAUAGAGACACCUUCUCCAAAUCCGACCCGUUGGUGGUGUUGUACACGCAGGGCGUGGAGUGCAAACAGUGGCGAGAGUUUGGGAGAACGGAGGUGAUUGACAACACUCUGAACCCAGACUUUGUCAGGAAAUACAUCCUGGACUACUUCUUUGAAGAGAAGCAGAACCUGCGCUUUGACGUGUUUGAUAUUGAUUCUCGAAGUCCCGAUCUGGCCAAGCAUCCGGCCGACUUUAACGACUUUCUGGGACAGGUCCACUGCACGCUGGGGGAGAUUGUGGGCUCUCCUGCAAGUCGCCUGGAGAAGUCUCUCAGUGGAAUACCCGGGAAGAAAUGCGGGACCAUCAUCUUGUCUGCGGAGGAGUUGGGGAACUGCAGAGACUACACCACCAUGCAGUUUUGCGCCAACAAAUUGGACAAGAAGGACUUCUUCGGCAAGUCGGACCCUUUCAUGGUCUUCUACAGGAGCAAUGAGGAUGGCACCUUCACCAUCUGCCACAAGACGGAAGUGGUGAAGAGCACGCUGAACCCCGUGUGGCAGCCCUUCUCCAUCCCCGUGCGAGCGCUCUGCAACGGAGACUACGACAGGACAAUCAAAGUGGAAGUGUAUGACUGGGACAGAGAUGGAAGCCACGACUUCAUUGGCGAAUUCACCAGCAGCUACAAAGAAUUAUGUCGGGGUCCGAGCCAGCUGAACGUCUAUGAGGUGGUGAACGCCAAGAAGAAGCUCAAGAAAAAGCGAUACGUCAACUCUGGGACGGUGUCCUUGAUGUCAUUCAGCGCGGAGUCAGAGCACACAUUCUUGGAUUACAUUAAAGGAGGGACGCAGAUUCACUUCACAGUGGCCAUCGACUUCACGGCAUCCAACGGCAAUCCGUCUCAGUCGACUUCGCUCCACUACAUGAACCCGUACCAGAUGAACGCCUACGCCAUGGCCUUGAAGGCGGUGGGCGAGAUCAUCCAGGACUACGACAGCGAUAAGAUGUUCCCCGCUUUGGGAUUUGGUGCCAAGCUGCCCCCUGAUGGGAGGGUCUCCCAUGAGUUCCCCUUGAACGGCAACAUCGAGAACCCAUACUGCAACGGCAUGGAGGGCAUUCUGGACGCGUACCAUCAAAGCCUUAAGACGGUGCAGCUGUACGGACCCACCAACUUUUCCCCCGUGGUCAAUCACGUGGCAAGGUACGCGGCAGCGGUGCAGGACGGCUCGCAAUAUUUCGUCUUGCUCAUCAUCACGGACGGCGUCAUCUCGGACAUGGCGCAAACCAAGGAGGCCAUCGUCAACGCGGCCAAACUGCCCAUGUCCAUCAUCAUCGUUGGGGUCGGCCAAGCGGAAUUUGACGCCAUGGUGGAGUUGGAUGGAGACGACAUCCGGAUCUCCUCGCGUGGAAAAUUGGCCGAGAGAGACAUUGUGCAGUUCGUCCCCUUCAGGGACUACAUGGACCGCGCCGGCAACCACGUCCUGAGCAUGGCCCGGCUGGCCAAGGACGUCCUGGCCGAGAUCCCCGACCAGCUCAUCUCUUACAUGAAGAGCAGAGCCAUCAAGCCCAACCCCGUGCCGCCGCCGCCGCCGCCGUAUUCGCCCGGCGACCGCUCCCAAAGCGAUGCCGUGUGAAGCCCCGCCCCUUUUUGCCUCCUUGGAAAGGCUCAAACGGCCUGCUCACGAGGAGAGGAGGGACUCCUCUCGGGUUCGGCUUGGGGUUUUGAGGAGCUCCUCACCGCCGGAGCUUUUGCUGUUUGCUGUCCAAGUGGAGGAGAGAACGAUGUCGCGGGAAAGCGAGAAAACGGGCGCGAGGCAGGGCGGCAGUAGAUUAGUACAAGGUGACACCUUGUAUCCUGUUUGUGAUACCUUUUGCAAUCGAUGUGUCUAGAGAAAAAAAUAUAUAUAUAUAUAUAUAUGGUAUCUGUUUUAUUGCAUUUCUUCCUUUAGGGGUGGGCUUUUAGACAGUGGGGGUCCAAACAAAGUCAUCUUUUCCCUGUUGGUUUCCAGCUUGUCUAAUUGUAAUAAUGAUCCAACUCACCCCAAAUAGCCAUUUCUAUUUUGAUAAGGACUCUAUUAUAAAUCUAUUUAGAAAAAAAAAAAA